GAUGCCAAAAUGGUUGUAAGUGUCAAAAACCAGUUAUAAGUCAGUUUUUUACAGUGCAGUUGUAAAUUCAAACAGUCACUAAACAAAUGGUUAUAAGUUGAGAAUUACCUGUAUAGUAAUUGUGCACUGCAAUAUUCAGUCUCCCCAUCCAUGGAAACUCCAGUGAUUAAAAUUCUGAACAUUCUUGAGUCCUCACUGGAAUGGACAACCAUAUGGCUAGAGAAGGCUUUUAGUCUCUCCAUGGGGGAGAUACGAGCAAGAAGGUAGGCCUAAAGGCAUUGGGGAUGCCUUGAAUCAGAGGUACUAAUUUUUUUUCUCCAUUUCUCGGCUUGUCAUUCCAUUUCCUACCUUGCUCCCUUGCUUUCAGUAGCAUCUUCCAUUUCCCCUGUGCUCUCAAUGAAUGUAUUUCAGCCUACAUGCAUUCCAACUGUGCGACACAGAACAACAAUUUCAGCAAAACUGGCAUAGUUACUGUGUUGUUAUAUUAGGGAUGGUACAUGAUCAGAUGCUAAUCAUGGAGCCAGAAUUUCCCACUCUUUCACAGCUGCAACUACUAUAUAAUCGCUCCAGUUAUCUGGACCUCCUCUUCUGUGGACACCUUAAUGCCCCCUGUUUGCUCUUGACUUCAAAGCGAGUCUUUUCUCUUGUACCUUGAUAAAACUGCAUUUUUAAAAACCACCCAUUCAUCAUACAGGUCUUUUUAAACAGUUAAGAGGUUAUGAAAUUGCAUUUGUGGUAAUCUGUGACCUGUUUUCUGCUGCAGGAUUGAUUCAAUCUUCAAAAAUAAUUGCCAGCUGAAACAUCUGUUUCUUUAACUAGUUUCCUAUAGCAGAGUAUAAUAGUGCUACAUUACAUGAUUGGCUGAACAAAUAAACUUUCUGCAGGCAUUAGCUAGCCUUUAACUUAGAGCUUUUAUGUAGCAAUGCUAUUCCGUUUCAAAUUUCAGAAGAUGCGUGAGCAGAGAGUUUCAUUGCUGUCUCAUGAAAAUUGUCAAUACUUGAAUACUCAGACUUACACACUGAUCAGUUCACUUGUUCCCAGAAGCAUGCUUGCACUGUAUUCAGAUUGGUAGAAUUUCUCUAGGAUCUGCCUGUUUAUAGUCAGGUGGACAGCCGGCUGCUGAUUCCUCUUCAAGCACGGAACCUAGAUAAUGCGACGACGUGUUCACUGCCAGUGACAAUGACCAUGACCCUUCACACAAAAAGCUCUGGGGUUGCCUUAUUGCACCAAAUACAAGGCAAUGAAUUGGAGCCUCUCAGCAGACCACAGCUAAAGAUUCCUUUGGAACGACCGAUCAGCGAAAUGUACGUGGACAGCAGCAAGCCUGGGGGGUUUAACUACCCAGACGGUGCUGCCUACGAUUUUUCCACUGCCGCUCCAGUGUACAGCUCAACCAGCCUCAGUUAUGCCCCUGCAAGCGAAUCAUUUGGCACCAGCAGCCUGGGAGGAUUUCAUUCCCUGAACAAUGUUCCCCCAAGCCCUGUUGUCUUUUUACAGUCGGCUCCACAACUUUCGCCUUUUAUUCAUCACCACAGCCAACAGGUACCUUAUUACCUUGAGAAUGAAGCAACCAGCUUUGCCAUGAGAGAAGCUGCCCCAACAGCAUUCUACAGGCCUGGCUCGGAGACCAGACGUCACAAUGGCAGAGAGCGAAUGACUAGCACCAAUGAAAGGGGAAACCUGUCUAUGGAGUCUACCAAGGAGACCCGCUAUUGUGCUGUUUGCAAUGAUUAUGCCUCUGGCUACCAUUAUGGGGUUUGGUCCUGCGAGGGCUGCAAAGCCUUUUUUAAAAGGAGCAUUCAAGGUCAUAAUGACUACAUGUGCCCUGCUACCAACCAGUGUACCAUUGACAAGAACAGAAGGAAAAGCUGCCAGGCUUGCAGGCUCCGAAAAUGCUAUGAAGUUGGAAUGAUGAAAGGUGGAAUUCGAAAAGAUCGCAGAGGUGGCCGAAUAGUGAAGCACAAACGUCAAAGAGAAGAACAUGAUAGCAGAAACAUAGGCACAGUAGCAGAGGCAAGGAGCCCAAAUCUUUGGCCAAGCCCACUAAUGAUCAAACAUAGUAAAAAAAACAGUCCAGCCCUCUCCCUCUCUGCAGAUCAGAUGGUUUCUGCUUUGCUAGAGGCAGAACCUCCUAUUGUUUAUUCAGAAUAUGACCCUAACAGACCCUUCAACGAAGCUUCAAUGAUGACGUUGUUGACCAACCUUGCUGAUCGAGAACUGGUUCAUAUGAUCAACUGGGCCAAAAGGGUUCCAGGCUUUGUGGACUUAACACUCCAUGAUCAAGUUCAUCUACUAGAAUGUGCCUGGUUAGAGAUAUUGAUGAUUGGCCUAGUGUGGAGAUCUGUGGAGCAUCCAGGAAAGCUGCUGUUUGCCCCCAACUUAUUGCUGGACAGGAAUCAAGGAAAAUGCGUUGAAGGCAUGGUAGAAAUAUUUGACAUGCUGCUGGCCACUUCUUCUCGUUUUCGAAUGAUGAAUGUCCAGGGGGAAGAAUUUGUAUGCCUUAAAUCUAUCAUCCUACUCAAUUCUGGGAUCUACACAUUUCUUUCUAGCACCUUGAAAUCCCUGGAGGAAAAAGAGCAUAUCCAUCGUGUUCUGGAUAAAAUUACCGAUACUUUGAUGCAUUUAAUGGCCAAAUCCGGCCUUUCCCAGCAGCAGCAACAUAGGCGCUUGGCUCAGCUUCUCCUCAUCCUUUCCCACAUCAGGCACAUGAGCAAUAAAGGGAUGGAGCACCUCUAUAACAUGAAGUGCAAGAAUGUGGUCCCACUUUAUGAUUUAUUGCUGGAAAUGCUGGAUGCUCACCGUCUGCAUGCUCCUGCAGCUAGGAACACACCACACAAUGAAGAGGAGAUUUCAAACCAGCUGGCCAUGGCACCUGCUUCAAUGCAUUCCUUACCACCUUGCUAUGUGAACAAACAGGAAGAAGAACCUGUGCAAGAAGCAGUCUGAAUUCAGAUUACAAACAGCCUACAGGAUUCUGAGUGUCCCAUCAAAAAAUGCCAGGCUUAGAUGAACUGGUACCAUGUCUAAGCACUCCAAUACUCAGCAAUCACCACUGGUUCCCAAAACAACGAUGGUCAACUUCAUUAAUGGCAGAACAUUAUAAUUUUGGACAUAAUUGUUUCAUUUAAAAAAAUAUAUAUGUGUGUGUUUGUGUUAGCAAAACACAAGCUUGAGGAUUCCUGCACUCUGUUUGCUGGUAUCAUAUAGAGAAGUUGGAUGAUCUUUUAUUUUUAAAUCAAUUGGGCAAAAAUCCCAGCUGAGUUGAGUAGGUGAUGUUUACAUGUAACAUUUAUUGGCUGUUUGGUGGAUACAA